CAGUCCCGGUUACCCCUCCAGCUGAUUCAAAGGUAUAAUCCAAGUGGUGGGGUAAUGGAAGACCUGUAAGUAAAAGAGAUCAAGCUUGUGACAUCGGCGAAACUUGAAAUAUUAAAACAAGUACAUAUUGGCCAGGGAGUGAAGAAGCCAUACAAUGUCCUUGAAGCCGCGGGUGGUGGAUUUCGAUGAGACAUGGAACAAGCUUCUGACAACGAUCAAGGCAGUUGUGAUGCUUGACUAUGUGGAGAGGGCUACGUGGAACGACCGCUUCUCUGACAUUUAUGCCUUGUGUGUCGCAUACCCGGAGCCACUAGGGGAAAGAUUGUACACAGAGACAAAAGUGUUUCUGGAGAAUCAUGUUGGGCAGUUAUACAAGAAAGUUCUGGAGUCAGAGGAGAAGGUUUUAGUGAUGUACCACAGAUACUGGGAGGAGUAUAGUAAGGGGGCAGACUACAUGGAUUGCUUGUACAGGUACCUGAACACACAGUUCAUAAAGAAGAACAAACUCACCGAGGCAGACUUGCAGUAUGGCUAUGGCGGGGUCGACCUGAAUGAACCACUUAUGGAAAUAGGGGAGCUGGCACUCGAUAUGUGGAGGAAGUUGAUGAUUGAGCCCCUUCAAGCCGUUCUGAUCCGCAUGCUGCUGAACGAAAUCAAGAACGAUCGGUGUGGUGAGGAUCCGAACCAGAAAGUAAUCCAUGGCGUCAUCAACUCCUUUGUUCAUGUUGAACAGUACAAGAAAAAGUUUCCUCUAAAGUUUUAUCAGGAAAUCUUCGAAGGGCCGUUUCUGACAAAAACAGGAGAGUACUACAAGCAAGAAGCCUCCAAUUUACUGCAAGAGUCCAACUGUUCACAGUAUAUGGAAAAGGUGUUGGGACGGUUGAAAGAUGAGGAAGUGAGGUGUCGGAAGUACCUGCACCCUAGCUCCUACGCCAAAGUCAUCCAUGAAUGUCAACAGAGGAUGGUGGCAGACCACCUGCAGUUCCUCCACGGGGAGUGUCAGAACAUCAUCCGGCAGGAGAAGAGAGAGGACAUGGCCAACAUGUACACCCUGCUGCGGGCUGUGGCCAGUGGCCUACCUCACAUGAUCCAGGAACUCCAGAUCCACAUCCACGACGAGGGCCUUCGAGCGACCAGUAACCUCUCUCAGGAAAACAUGCCAACCCUGUUUGUCGAGUCCGUGUUGGAGGUUCACAGUAAAUUUGUUCAGCUCAUUAACACAGUGCUGAACGGGGAUCAGCACUUUAUGAGCGCACUUGAUAAGGCUUUGACUUCAGUGGUAAACUACAGAGAGCCCAAAUCCAUUUGCAAAGCCCCAGAACUGCUUGCCAAGUAUUGUGACAAUCUGCUGAAGAAGUCCGCCAAGGGCAUGACGGAGAACGAGGUGGAGGACAAGCUGACCAGCUUCAUCACAGUGUUCAAGUACAUAGACGACAAGGAUGUGUUUCAGAAGUUUUACGCCAGAAUGCUUGCAAAGAGGUUAAUACAUGGCCUGUCUCUGUCUAUGGACUCGGAAGAAGCCAUGAUCAACAAACUAAAGCAAGCGUGCGGUUAUGAGUUCACUAGCAAGCUCCACCGAAUGUACACAGACAUGAGCGUCAGCGCCGACCUCAACAACAAAUUCAAUAACUUUAUCAAGACCCAGGACACCGUGGUGGACCUGGGGAUCAGUUUCCAGAUCUACGUAUUACAGGCAGGAGCCUGGCCCCUCACACAUGUCCCCUCUUCUACGUUUGCCAUCCCCCAGGAGUUGGAGAAGAGUGUACAGAUGUUUGAGAUGUUCUAUAAUCAACACUUCAGCGGGAGGAAGUUGACUUGGCUACACUAUCUCUGCACAGGCGAGGUCAAGAUGAACUACCUGUCCAAGCCCUACGUAGCCAUGGUGACCACCUACCAGAUGGCCGUGCUUCUGGCCUUCAACAGCGGCACCACGGUGGGCUACAAGGAUCUGCAGGACAGCACGCAGAUGAACGAGAAGGAGCUGCAGAAGACCAUCAGGUCCCUGCUGGACGUCAAGAUGCUCAACCAUGACUCCCAGAAGGAGGAGAUCGAGCCCGAAUCCACGUUUUCGCUAAAUAUGAGUUUCACCAGUAAAAGAACAAAGUUCAAGAUCACGACGUCGAUGCAGAAAGACACACCACAGGAGAUGGAACAGACGAGGAGUGCUGUGGACGAGGACCGCAAAAUGUAUUUACAAGCUGCUAUCGUGCGAAUCAUGAAGGCGCGCAAACUGCUCCGACACAACGCCCUCAUCCAGGAGGUCAUCAACCAGUCCAAAGCCAGAUUCAACCCCAGUAUCGCCAUGAUCAAGAAGUGCAUUGAGGUGCUCAUCGACAAGCAGUACAUUGAGCGCAGCCAGAGCUCAGCGGACGAGUACAGCUACGUGGCAUGAAUCAGGAGAGAGGGGCGGCGCUCACCCGCCAACAAGGAACAGAAAGAGAGAGAACGAGAGAGAGACCAUUCAUUUAUUUUUGGGACUGUCGCUGUCUCGUGUGUUCUCGUGGGGGGGGGGGGGGAGAGGGAGGGGGGCUGUGCCUCCAUCUUGGAAAAGGGUUAAAGAGACCACGCCAGACAACCAACCCCACCACCACAACACACCGCCCGACUCUUCUAACUGCCCCGCCCCUGACCCCACCCUCUUCGGCCCAAUCUGAUUUUAUGCUGUUUACAACAUCACCAGUGCCACGCACCAGUGCGUCAACAAGAAGAAAUGCCUCUAUAGCUAUUCGAGCGCCAAGCUGAUAAUACGUUUUUAGUCGACUAAACCGAAAAAAUAUAAAAAAAUUAAUUGGGGAAAAGACCUGUGACAUGGCAGGUGGAGACGAGAUGGAAACCAUGCUUUCUUUUCACACGUUUGCAGUUGUGUGUGUGUGUGUGUGUGUUUUCUCUCUUUCUUUUUUUAAUGUAUCGAAGUUAGAAAAAUAUUGUAAUAAAACUGGUAUACUGAUAAUUGUAUCUACUUUCAAAUGUAAAGAGAAAAAAAAACAAUUGAGGUGACAAACAUGAUCCCGCUGCUUGUCAAAUAAAUGAAUAAAAACACACGGUUUUUAUGUAAAA